AUGUCCUGCUCCCCUAUAUACCCAGUAACGCCGGAUCAAUGCCUUUUUUUCCUCACCUCCUCGACUUUGCCCUUUUUCUUCUUCUCUUCUCCUCUUCGGCCACGCAGACACUUCCACCUCGACAUCGAGAAAGACAAGCAAGCAAGCAAGAAAAUACAAGAAGAUAUCCUCUACGGAGGAAGAAAAGACUCUCUGCCGCCCCCAGACACCACCACCAAUCCCUGCUGCAACUCUUCCACCUCCACCACCGCAAAGCAGCAGGCCUCUCCUCCGCCUCCCUCCGUCGCUGCCGCUCCUUUUGAGGGUAUGUUUGUUCACUUGCCAGCAGCUUCUGCUCUGCUAUAG